GACUCUGUCGAGCAUCACGCAUGAAAACAAACGACAACCAAUGUAACAUGGCAAUGUACCAUCGUAACCCAGGCCCAGUCACUGCGGCUUAAUAUUUUGGAAUUAGUGUCUUUGUCCAAUUCGGACUAUCUAAAGUCGGCACACUUCUGGAAGGAAAACUCUAUCUGGUGUCAAAGUUUGGUAUUCGGAAGGCUGACGAACUUCAUUAUGCAACCCCGGCUGAAAUAAAAAUUCAUAUCCGUCCGGAUGUUCAGGGUUUCCGUAUGGAAAAAGUGGAUGAUCAUUACUGUAUACCGAUGAAGUGAAUGGACCUGCAAUCAUUGUUGCAUUGGAAUUAAUUUUGGAGUUUUAAUCUUUGAUUGCAUUGUUCUAAACAGUCUGCGGCCUGGCAUGAUUGCUUUGAGCAGGAAUGUUGACAAUAUGCAGACUUCAUUAGGCACCUAUCAUGAUCCCUUGAAGUCUAUGACCAGCUGCAGAACUCUACAAGACAUCGCAGAGAUUCACCUAGAGGAAAACCAUGACCGAAUUAGGGUCUCCUGCAAAUGUCACAGGUUCCGGACUGGACACCCGAGAGAUUACCAGGGGCUGGACACAGAAGGCACAACGUCAAAUGUGUAUGUGUCAACAGAGUCAAAAGAACCGAACAGAACAUUGCUGACUUCUCCAAGCCAUAUCUAUGAGCCGGAGUCUAACAUGUGUAAGAGCACAUCUUCAAGCAUGCCAACCAUGUCAAAAGAAUCAAACAGAACAUUGCUGACUUCUCAAAGACAUAUCUAUGAGCCGGACUCCCAGGACACAUCUUCAUUAAGAGUGCAAAACACAUCAGAAGAACCAAACAGACCUUUACUUAGGUUUCCUAGCCAGAGUGUAAACCACUCAAGGACACAUGGUCUGGGAGCAGCGAGAUUCAUUUUAACGGUGCUUGUUCCUUGUGCUGCUCUUUUGGUGACUUUAUCCAUGGCAUUCAUUUUGAUUUCGUGGAGUAAUGCACAAGCGCGGCUCUUGGAGAGGGUGGCGUUGCUGGAAGAAAGACUUUCAGAAGUUGGCAAGACUUGUAAUUGUGGGAUGCCAACUGAAGGUGAGAGUGGACAAAAAGGCUUCAUGAAUGGUGAAAGACGGGAGAACAAGUUUGCAUUUUUGAUGGCUAGUGGUCAAGGGAAUGUCUUGGGAGUAGAGACAGAGUCGAAGCCUGAUAGAGAUCUUCAUUCCUUACAGGACGUUCAUUCGUUACAUGAACUUAAAGAAGUUCUAAAAGCAGUAACCCCCGAGAUUCAUCCGAAAAUCCUUAUCAAACUCGAAGACGCAAUGAGUACCUCGCCUGCAUCCUCACAAGUACCUGAUAGCAGCACCCCAGUAUCAUUAGGUGAUACGCGGGCAUCACUGAACAGGAUGCCUGUUAUCCCACAAGACAGUGAGAGUGGAAGAGCCAGAUACAGGAGAGGCGGUAAGAAAAGAGGACGAGACCGAAAUCAAUCGGAUGAGCAGGUCCAGAGAGCCAGAAGUACUGGAGCUGAAACGAGAGAACCGGAUCGAAAUUCGACAGAGAUAAAAGGCGUCCAUUUCCAGGCCAAUCUCAAUCGAACCACAACAAUCGGCGUAGCUGGUUGGGUUCCUUACUGGGCUCUAUCCUCGUCACUACUGAAGGCAGGGUCUGCAGACUACAUGGAUGAAAUCAAAAGGGAAUUUCGACUGUCAGCGCGGGGGAACGUUACCGUACGAACUCCAGGAUUGUACUACGUAUAUAGCCAGAUGAUGUACUACGACCCAAAUGAGUACAUCGGUCAUACCAUAGUGAUCGAUGGUGUCGAAGCAUUCACCUGCAUCGCCCCGAUCUCGGAACAGACAAGCAAGUACAAAACAUGCUUCAUCGGCGGUCUCGUGUACCUUCCUCCAAGGGCGAAGGUUGCCAUUAAAAUGCUGUACACCCCUCGUCGAGUCUGCCUGUUUGAAGACACAAGUUAUUUCGGCAUGUUUAGAGUCACUUGAGGCUUGUAUAGAUCCGGGUCGAAGCUCCACUUCGUUUGCUUUUACUGAGAGUCAAUAACGACUAAUGAGCCCCAGACACCGACCGGAGUAUUCAUUCCAGCCCAGACUCAGACCAAAGUCCAUCAUGCAACGUGAAUAUAGUUCGCAACGAUGAGUUUGAUCUUAUUUAUUAAAACAAUAUUAGCAGGGAUGGCUUCAUGCUAGAAGAAAUAGUUGUCUGAUUUCAUAAUCAACAUUUUGUUGGGUAAAUGAAUACAUCAUGCCUGAGCCUAAGAUAUGACUGUAUACAAAGAGAGCCGUAUCAGUUUUCAAAGACAGUCAAUUUUUCUGCUAUAUUUUUCGUGGGUGUCUGAUUUAGCCUGCUAUAUAUAUGCAGUAGUGUCAUAAUCUAAAUUCACAUUGGCUAAGUUCCGAACAUAUAAAAUGAUGUUAUAAUGAACCAGGGUUUUCUAUAUCAUGUAUAUCAUCGGGUGCGGCGCCGGUGCAUUUUUAAAAGGAGUGGGGUAAGAAAACAUGAAGAUAAAGUCACUCUUUUCUCAGCGGUAAAAUGGGGGCAUUAGUAUUUACACAGCCCAGAUACAGACAUUUUCAAACUCUUCCUUCGUCGUUCUUCGUAUGUUUUCUUCGUCUUUUUUUUCGUUUUCUCCUCUUUCUUCCCUAUUGCAAAAAAUGACUAUAUACAGGGGUAUAAGUCAGCCCUGCCGCCUACCUCCGGGUCUUUGGAGCGGCCUUUCUGCUCUGAACGAGGAACACGUUGUAUUUCAUGGAAAGACUUCAAGUUGUCGGACGUUUCAUCCAAUAAAUUCUGAUUUAUCUGACAGUUACCAUAGCAACAUUAAGACACCUGUGCUUCUUACCCAAUCAAAAUCAGGGAAAGUUGUCACGUGUCCAAAAGAGAGGGGAACGCUUAAUCAACAAGUGUGAUAUGAUAUUGUUAAUGAAGUCCUACAUACGAAGGGCAUAAAGUAUAACGCACGGUCAUCAUUAGGGGAAGUUUAUGCUCCAGUAACAAAUAUUUAUCAAGUUCAUCCGAGCGAUUUGGACUCAUUUUCCUAUUCGAAUUUAUUUAAGAGUCUGUAGAUAUGCGCAAGAGGUAUCAAAGUUUUCUCUUAGUUUGACCUCCAUACGUGUUUAGUAAAAACAAAAAUGUGUAAACAUCUUUUGACUCCCGGUGUCAAAGAGGGGGGGGGGGGGGGUGAUUGGAGUGAUAAAUUUUAUUGUACCUUAUUUGCUGCGUGAAAAAGGUGGGUGGUUUUUGUGCCUCUCCUCUGAGAAAUUCUGGACUUUGUAAGAAUUACAUUUAUUUUGCACUUAGUUUUGCAUAUAACUCUUGGCAUUCUCAAGUUAAUGCUCAAAAAGAUCUUUUGUAUAUUAUGUCGAUUUUUUAAUAUUUUGUGGGGUCGCAGAAAAGGUACUGUCAUGUUGUACAUGUUUCUUACUUCUCAGUGCUUAUCAUGUUAAUGUCUACUAAAAAAAUUGUACUUUCAUAUUAAAUGUGGAUACAGACAUUGGGCAAAAUGUAUGUUCUAGUAUGUUUAUAUGUAAAAUGAAUAUGAAGAAGAAAAAAAAGAAGAAUAUAAAGAAGAAGAAGAGGAAAAAGAAGGAGGAGGGACAUCACAAACCAAGCCAGGUCUGUUUCACAAAACCGUUCUUCAUGUAACGUACGACUUUACGAACCAACUGGUACAUAUAUUAUAGUGUGUACUGCCAAAUGAGACAUUAAGUUCAAGUUUGAAUAUAUUUUAAGAUUACAUUUCUUUUUGUUUUUAGCAUAUGAAUGCAAAGUUUAUUAUUUGCUAAAAUAUGAAUAUAGUAUUAUAGGAAAUGCAAUAGCAGAUCAUUGUAUCACCAGCAGGUCAUGACCAGGGGAAAUUCUAGGUUUUGAAUUUAAGAGAAACACUUUAUUACUGGAAACAAUUUCGUUAAACAAACUAUUCCCAGACAAACCUAAAUUUUGCAUUAACAUUAGCCAGAGAGUAAUUCUGUAAUUUGAUUUGCUCACUUUGUUCGUUACUUUUACUUUUGUUAGAUUUCAAAGAGAGCUUGUUAUGCAGGGCCCGCUGUAAAAAACAGUUCAUAAGAGCUUCUGUGGAAACUCUGGGUAAAUGAGAAUGGCUAAUUAUUAUAUUUUCGAAUUGCGUCCUUGUUAUCGGGUGUUUGUGUUAUUUCAGUUUAGUCAAGAUGAUUAUUUCAUUUUGUUCUAGUAUGUCUGUUUAAGCAAAUAAACCAGACGUAGGCCCCCAAAAAGCCAAAAAUCUGC